GGAAAAUGUUUCAAACACUACUUAUGGUUAAAACUGUAACUCAUCAUAUAUAAAUAUUUCAUUAAUACAGCAACUAUGACGUCACAGGCGUUAAAAUGGAGGUGAAAAAGCAAGAGAAACCUGGAAGUUUGUCGCCGGUGAAAGGAUUAAGAAGGGACGACGACGGCAAGACUUCCAGGUCCAACAGUAAAUCGGAGAGAGACCUCCGCCUACCGGAAAAGUCCCCCAGUGAAGAUGCAGUCAAGAGAGAAAGACGACCAUCUAGAGCCAGUGAGAGUUCUAAGGACAAUUUAGAAAGACAAGAUUCAAAGUCGCUAUCACCAAAAGUAUCCAGAAAAUACUUUACAAACUGGAAACAGGCGUGCGAUAAGACGAAGGAUAAAACGAAAGAACUAUUGAAGCGAUGGCGAACGUUACCCGAAGCUGAGACAUCCGAGCAUAUGCAGGAACCGAGCAAUAACGAGGAAGAUAAAAACCAUGGAUGGAGUGUACACGUCUGGACGACGUGGGUGAAUCGAUGCAGCGACAGUCUGGAGUGCUUGGAACUGGAGGAUGAGCAGCCGUUGGCGCAGCUGGGAGCAGUGCAAGCGGACAAGCUGACGCUCUUCUUCACCGAACUGCUCGACCAUGACCGCGAUGACGUCAUCUGCGAUCAGGACUUUGAUAGUUUCUUUGAAAAGCUAGCACAUUUCGCUGAUUGGUCAAACAACUCAUCCGAAUUCCACAUACUGCUCGAAGUGAAGCAAGAAUUUAUCGAACAUUUUAUCAACUCUUUACCAGCCAAAUGGAGCGACUUACCGUACUACAAGCGAGUAUGUGGUCCUGAGGCUGGGGGUUUUCCUGGCAGGACCACUCUGGAGGGAUGGCUGGCGCGCUGGGCUCUAUAUCUCAAUGACAUGAAGAGGUUUACCGACCUACCACUAUAUUUGCAAUAUUUAUGCAAGAUUAUGUUCAAUGUUAUUGAUAGAACGGGUACGGGUGAAAUAACAAAACAAUCUCUGGCUGCUUUUUAUCGCUCCGUCAUCGGCUUACCGGCAACACGAGUCGAUGAGAUCAUAGGCACUGCCUACGACCGAAUGACUAGUAACGGCUACCUGAUCUUGGACUACGGUACUUUCGUCCAUUGCUUCACCAACUGGCUGAUGGGAAAGAACCCAAAUGGCCCAGGACAAUGGGUAUUAGUACCACCCAAAGGACCACUACCACAGCCGCCUUUCCCCGUUGACUACAGCGCGUUGAACACAGAACCAGCCAAACUUGAACCUUACGCACCGGAUAAGAAGACAAACAGACAUUCCGUGAUAGUAUAGAAAUAAAUGAUUAUUAGUCCUUUAUAACGAAACAAUACAACCAGUAUCCCAGAGAGGUAGAUAGAGGUAAUAAAAAUAAAACUUGUACUCAGGAUCGGGUAUGAAGAUAUACAAAUGCUUUUACAUUUGUUAAGUUACAAGUGUAUAAAAAAUUAUGUCACUAAUCUAAUUCCAGUACUGUUACAUACAUCUCAAAUAUGUAAUGACGUAAAGAAUUGAUAUUGUAUGAAGUACGUAAGUGGUAUCAGAACUUUAUGAUGGAUGGAAUGUUUCCUCAUAGAGAGUAUAGAAUUUGUGAUAGAAGAAUCAAUUUUAAUUUAGUUAGUAUUAUUCAUAAUUUAAUAUGUAUAAGGUAAAAAGGUGAUAGAUGUAGUAUUCAAGUAAAAGGUAAAAUUGUCACAAUAAGAGCUGGCCCACGCCUUUGACUAAACUGUCGCUCAACUGUGCGAUUGUCAAUUGUUUCGCAGCCAAACUGUUUAGUUACAUAUCUAAAAAAGGAGUAGUGUUAUCACUAACUACUACUGUUGACACUAAACAAUUGUGCGAUAUUUUUCCUUACAGUUCAGAAAACUUAUAGGCACUUUGUAGAUCUGUGAAUGUGAAAGGUUAACUAUAAAUAAAGAUUAUUUGUUAUUUAUUAAAAAGUAAAGCAAGGUAAGACAAACAUAUGUAUAGGGACAUCGUAAUGCCCCUAUACAAUUCCUCGAGAAACCAAGACAAUUUAAAACUCAAUCUUGUUUUUCUGGACAAACAUAGCAUCCUAGUUACAACUUAUCAAAUGGCAACAAUAACAAUGUUUAUGCAAUAAUGACUUUUUUUUCGAAGGGGAGUGCGUUACGCAUACUCCAUGCCUCUGGGCAGACACGUGAGUUAUGUGGGACUCUCCCCCCAUAGUGGGAGGCAUACCUUACUAAACCCCUUCGUUCCCUCCUGGCCAUUGUGUGGGACGCCACGGGAACUCUUGCGCUUGCCACCGCGACGCCCCACUGAUGCAAUAAUGACUUGUACCAACCACUUGUUGUCAUAGUGUUAAGUUACAAUAAGGCAAUCACUAUGAGAGCUUAUUUUAUUAAAAUUCAAUAUCAAAAUCCUAAAAAUUGUAAUUUUUGCUUGCAAUCGAUAAUUAUACGCUUUACCUUACUAUAUUUCGACCAAUCCUAAGAUUUUAGAUAACUUUUAGAUAUUAUAUAAUUAAACUGUUGUACAUAGUAGGUAAAUAGAUAUGUAAAACCUUUGCACGACACGGUAAGCAAAAACUGCCUUGAAGUAUGUUGUCUUCACAUUUCACAAGCCUUAUUUUGUACCUUAGAAUAAAAUUUAGUUAAAUAAAUUAAGUAAC